GAAAUAUCUAGUCAGCUGAUAAUGAGCGCUAGUGUGGUAGCGGCUCUGGUCAAGUUCGGUGAAACCCUUGGAGACAAGUCGGUAGACACAAGUUCGAAACUACGUGUGCUAAGUACACUCAAUGAGGUAAAGCUUACUCUUAGUGAGUUAUCAGAGUCCGGUGUUGGUCGUGCUGUUCGUAAAUUAAAAAAUGAACCCGGUGAACUUGGAAAAACUGCUAGUACCCUUAUAUUAAAAUGGAAAAAUCUGCUCAGUGAGCAUAUAAAACAAGAAUCCAUAAAUAUCAGUGUACCCAAGGAUUCCGAAAAAUGUGAUGUUAAUGAAACAUCCAAAAGUCUCAGACAGACUUCAAGUAGAGGCAAAUCAGCGUCGGUUAUCAGUGAAAAAACAAUCAAUUCGACUAAAAGUCCUGAGAAUAAUUUAGGGAGAAAUGUGCAACAUUUAGAUGAAGAUGACGUGGUCCCAAAUGCUCAAAAUAAUUCGCUACUUCACACAGCUGCAACUUCUGGUUGUCUUCCAAACAGUUCUACUUCUGACGAUUCGUGCUCAUAUUCUAAGGUUAACCAUAAGUUUCCAGAUAGUAAAAUUAAAUCGACAUCUAGCAAAAAACGAAAGUCUACAGAUAUUGUGGACUCAAUCGACUCUUCUAGUGGAAUGUCGUUUAUGGAUUCAUUAAAUGUCAACGCAAACACUCGCACUCAUCGAAAGAAAAAGUGUAAUCUAACCAGUGCUUCAAGUGAUGAUUCUCAACAGGGCGUCGACAGAAAGCUUGAUAUAACUCCUCUGAAUAUUCCACUUCGACCUUCUGAAGCAUUUAGUGCAGAAAUCAUCUCAUCACUUUCUGAACCAGUUAGUCGUCCAGAUGUCGUUCAUCGUCCACCUAAUUUUCAGCUAAAUGAAACAGUGGAAGACGAUUUCGAUAAUGGAGAUUUGAAAUUCAAAUCAAAGAAAGUUCUUUGGGUACCAAAACAAAACCGUUCAUCGUUACCUCCUAACAAUCAUUCGAAUUCAUAUGAUAAUUUUCCUGGUUUCUUUGAUCCUCCCAGUUUAAUUGAUCUUUGCGUUGAUGUAUUGGCUCGUAAUAUAAGUCAUAUUAAUCAUUUCGGACAAGUACCUUAUGAAUUGCUAGCGAAAGCCUUACGUAGUGCCUCGGUGGAUGACUUGACCAGAAUUGAACGUUAUAAUCCACAAUUCGUUGGAUUAAAUGAUGAUUUAUGGCGUAAAUAUAUAAAUCGAGAUUUUCAUCAUUUAUCUAAUAUUCGUCGUCGACCAGAUGAAACAUGGUGUGAUUUUUACAAUCGAUUAUCUAAAGAAGAAACAAAGCGUUUAGAUCGAAUUAUUUCACAAUCUGCACGUAAAGCCAAAGAAGAACUAGAAACGCGACGAACUACCUUGACUACUGAAGUGAUUACUCCACGUCAAAUGCAACGACGUGGUGGUUAUCGUCAAACAAACUGUAAAUCUAGUAGUAAUAAUAAUAAUGCAUUAUCUAAUUUUAAACCACGUAAUAUGAGUCAUCCAUCUCCGAAUGGUGCAAAUGUACAUAACAAAAUAAAUCGACCAAUCGCUUCAACAUCAAAUACAAAUACUUCGAACUCUAAUGCUGGUGUUAGUGGUGGUGGUCUUUUGAACAAAUUGCGUAAACAAUUCCAUUCUGGUCACCUCAGGUAGAAAAAAUGUUUCAAUCACGUUAGUAAUAAUAAUAAUAAUAUUAAUGGAUGUUUCUCAACUGUAUCAUUCACAAUAAACUUGUAAAUUGACCCCCACAUACAUAUGUCAUGCACAUAGCAACAAAAUUCUCUCACUGUGAUUCAACCUAUUCCAAACUUGUUUUGCUCUAUGAAUUGUUAUGGUAUGACAAAAUUAACAAUCACUGUUCAUCGUUUUUUUUUUCGAAUUAGGUCCUCUUUUUUUUGAUUGUACAUUAUAUGUACAAAUUGUAAAACAAUUAAUUUGUAUUGUAUAUCGUACAAUAUAUUGCUCAGGUAUAAACUAUCUCAAUAUCACUUGUUCUCAUCAUCAAAUUGUUUUGCUCUUUUUUAUAUUUUCGUAAACCUUUUCUCUCUCUCUCUCUCUUGUUAAUCCCUUAUUGAGAAUUGAAAAUAAAAUAGUAAUAAUAAUAAUAAUUCCAACCAUCCAACUGUCAAGACUUCUUCAAUGCUUGAACAAUUCUUUCUAUGUUUAUGUGUAUGUAAUUUGUAUCUAGCACUAUUCCUUUUAUUGCCUAUUCACACUUUUGAUUCUUUUCAUAUUUCUUUACAAUUUUAGUGUAUUUAUCAUGGGAGAAAUGUCAAUGUUUCUAGUCUUUCUCUCUCUCUCUUCCCUAUGAAUUUGUUUCUCUAAUUGUAAUCAUUAUUUAAUAAUGGAUCCAAAAAAUCUCUUACUUCCUUUAAUUCUAUUACGUUCUGCUGUUAUCUUUUUCUUAUUUAUUAGCCAAAAUAAGUGUAUGUACAAAAUUUGAAUUUUCAUCAUUGAAAUCACAAAUCGAUCUAAGUCAGUAGUUGCACAUGUAUGCAGAACUUGAAUCCAGGACCUCACGCAUAAUGUUCUGAAUUAACUUAAAUAUUGAUUCAUGAUUUCAACUGUGAAAAUAUCUUAAUAAUGAAAUUGAAUUUCUUAAGUAUGAAUUCCAUUGGAAAGUGAAUAAUCUCUUAUAGUUUCUUAUAUUCUGUAGUUGUUUGUUUUUGUUAAAUGGUUUUUAUCAUUUAUAUUUUUGGUGUUCUAUAUUUUGUAUAUAUAUAUAAACAUAUUACUGGUAAUAAUUGUAAUGGUCCUAAGCCUUUUUCUUCUAAUUUAUUACGUAAUCUUAUCAGUUUGUCCUUUUUUUUCUUAUCCUUUGUUUUUAUUUUAUUUUCGAUUUCUUGUUGUUGUUGUUGAGUCCUUACUUACAUAUUUACUAUUAAUGACUUAUACUCAUACUCUUGAACUCCUCUCAUUUAAUCGAUUGUUUCAUUUGUGCCUUUCAUAUUGAAUGAGUGUUGUUUUUGUUUAUAUUAUUUAGGUGUCAAAGUAUACAUUCUAUUAGUAAUAGUAUUUAUAAUCAUAAUAUUUAUGAAAAUUUGUUCAUUAUAUAUAUGUAUCAUGGUAAAAUGCAUAUUGUUACAAACUAUCAUAUCUCUUUAUCUGUACUAUGUAUCCUGCUGUGAUAGUGUUGUUCACUGGUCAAAUGCAAUAAAUCUAAAGUUGUUUUCUU